AUGCAGCUUGGUCCCGGCAGCAGAAUGCGCCUUCUGUUCGCAGCCACGUACUUAGAUGGCCAGCAGUCUUUGUUCUCUGCCUCUUCCUAUUGGUCCUUCUACGAAGCGCUUAUCCGGGCAUUUUCCAACAACCGUGGUCUACUAGCCAACCAAGCCGCCUCCAGUACCCCCUCAUCUCUCAACUGUGCCCGAUGCGAGGCCCUGAAGGAACGGAUUCAUGACCUGGAGUCUGGUUCCACUCAUUCGACCGCAGAACGCAAUCGACUGGAGUCGCACUACAAGGCCUGCGUCGCCGAGCUGGAGAAACAGAAUGGCGACUUGCAGUUCCGGCUGCAGACGGUCACCGAAUCAAAGGCCGAAAUCCAAAAGACGCUUGAGGAACUGCGGCGACAGAUGACUGAGAAGGAAGCUCAGCUUACAGAUGUUGUAAGUGAACUAGAGAGGUUGAAACUCGUCAACGUCCAACAGCAACAGCAGCAACAACAGCCCCUCAGCAGUUCGGCGACUGACGCCGAAAAUCAACAGUCCACCACCGUUGUACCGCCGAAAAAAGAGGAGGAUGAGGAAGAGAAGCAGCGGCUGGAUGAGGAGGCGAUCGUCAACUCAGAGCUCUAUCAAAAAUUGCAGGCUCUCUGCACCUCUCUUCAACGCGAGGCGGUGGAAGCCGGUCAGAGGGUGACGGAGACAGAGGAGCGUUUGGCGGAGGUUGAGUCUCGUCUGCAGGACCAGGCGCAAGUUCUGGCUACAGCCAACUCCGAGAGGGCCGCGCUCAGUCGAGCAUAUCUUUCAGCAGAAACAAUCCUCCUCGAUGUGUAA